GGCAUGAAGAUAUUUAAAGCAGUUUUAAUUGGGUAUUCGUGCUACUCGUUAUUAAUCAUAUUUGUACACUGCCUUCUAUAGUAUAAAACAAAAAAUGUCAAAAUUGUUCAAUUACUUGUUAUUGUCGGUAUUAUUAGUAAUGCUGGCUUUAGCUUGUUCUUUAUUUCCAAUUUGUGAGUCUGUAUCAGUAUCACGCUUAAGAUCAUUACAACCGAUAUCAGAAUCAUGGAGGAGUGCAAAAGAGCUGGAAAAUCCUGCUCCUGUUAACCAGACACCCGACAGUUUUGAUAAUUUGACCUCUGAGAAUUUGGACCUUCAUAAUAACAACAUGAAUGCUUUAAAUGGGUCAGUGAUGACAGCCAUGGUUCCGUUCGGAGAAAAUAUUGUUGAUCAAGUAGUCGAGGCUUCUGAGGAAGCAACGCCAGCCCCACCAGAGAAACAAGUGGUCAUCAAUCUCGUCGCCAAUUCGACCGCCACCGAGCCUCUCCAGAUAGUUUCGCCUCUUACACCUCAGCAAGUGAUGGACGCUGAAUUAACUCAAAGUUCACAUAAAUUGCAUACCAAUUUUACAGCUGAAAAAGUUGAAGACAUGAAUUCUGGAAACAACAAAGAUUUAGAAAUAGGACAAGGGGUCAACAUGAGCAGUGCAAAAAGUGUUCAUCACAUUCCAACCGAGAUUGAAUUCGAAUUUGGAGGAGAAGAAAAACACCCUUCUACAAUAUCGACAGAGGAGGCGACAUCAACAACAGCCAGCCUCACAACUACGACCAUGUCGGCAGAAAUAGGAAGCACCGUGCAGGAAGAGGGAACAUCUGCAUUACUUCAAAGCCAAAUGCCCACAGAAGUACAAACCACAACUACGGAAUUAAGCCCUCUUGCAAUUGAGAGUACGAGCACAACACCGUCGUCAGAACCACUUCCUGUGACAUUUCCUCCACCAAAUGGCUCGGAGACCACCGUAAUUGUAGGCACCCAGGAUCAAGCAACUACAACAGCCACUACACACGCAAACGAUGAAAGCACACAUAUAAAUAACGACACGCUUGCAAAUUCAAGCAUAAAUAUGGUACCGAUCGAGACUUCGCCUCCCACACAAAAUGGAACUAGUAUACCUCAAGCAACAGAAAUUAUAUCUCCACAAACUGAGACAGUCCCGGCUACACAGCAUCCUGAGAUUUCACCCCUACCAACUGAGACAACACCAAAUCAAAUCGUGACCGUGCUAGACAAUGCAAUUACACCUGCCUCCAUACCUACCAUCCCAACACAUGUUUUGCCUUCAUCCGCACCUACAGAAAUUUUGAUGACACAAAAUGAGACAGCUUCGACCCUGUCCACGCUUGAAAUUUUGUCACCAAAUGAAACAGCGCAACCAAUCAGUCAAACCGUUUUGCAAAAUGAGACUGUUACAACAUCACCCACACCAACUGAAACUAUAUCACAAAACGAGACAGUUACCGCAACCGAUAUUUUAUCACCAAAUGAGACUGUUUCUAUUACACCCACAGUAAUUACUACACCCACAUCAUCAGAAAUUAUUAUUUCACCCAAUGACACUGUAUCGGUUUCACCCACAUCUAAUGAAACCAUCUUGUCCAACGAGAUGACCCAACCCACUGAUUUUAUUUCACCAAAUGAAGCCAAUUUCCUAUCGACUCCACCAUCGCCCAUCAAUCUCACGUCAUUUGUUGCAACAACUUUACCUGUAACCACUGAAACUGUACCUAGUACACUCGUAACGACGACCCCACAUGGCGAGUCGAUCGUCACCGCAAUUUCUACUACAGAAAAUGAAACUUUGACUACCUUGACAAGCACACAGACUCAGAAGACGACAAUAAUUUCAGAAAUUGAAACCUCUUCGCAAGUUCCGACUUCAAUUUUACAGGCUUCAAAAAAUGAGACUGUAGAAAAUGCAACUUUGUCUCUGACACCGAUCGAAAUUGAAUCAAGCACUGUUGCUGCGUCUGGUUCGAUAUUCCAUCAGAAUGAUACCGUCCCGAUAUUGGAUUUGUUGCCGUCUGUAAACGAAACAAUUUCUGAGAUUUUUAAUACAACUCAAUCUCACGCUGAUAUCUUGACCACGACAGGUCAUACUGAGCCCCCAAGUGAGAAACCCACAACAGAUAUUCCACACACUACGACAGAAUCAAAUGUUCCCAUCUUUCACGAAGACUAUGAGGACCAUCUUUUGCAGGGUGGGACCAGCCCGGGGUGCAUGUACGAAGACCGAGAACGAUUCAAACGAAAUCUGCAGGCAACUGCAUUCUCCUGGAUCCAUGGAAUUCCCACGAUGCUUUCUUUUUCUCGACACACGUCCUGUGUCGGGAUUUUGCAGAAAAAUGGUACUCGAAGCAUUAAACAUUUAAAGAAAAUGUUUCCUGAAUUCCCUUCAAGCGAAACUAGCGUUGAAACUGCAGCAUUUAUUCAUGACAAUGUCGUACUUAUCGAUUCUUCUCCUGCUCAGAGAGUCUGGACCUAUAUGUACGACCAGGACAAAGACAGUUACAAAAGCAUGACUCAAAUGUCUAAGUCACAGUUUCUGGAAAUGUGCGACAUUCCAACUUUCUCCAGCCACAUUAAGGCAUUUGCUCAAGUUUCUGCUCAAGAUCCGACCUGCAUUCUUUUUGGCGAUUCCAGAGAAGCCACUCUCUCUUCAAAUGCAACCAGUGAAGCUGUGUCUCUGGCUGGAUGCAUAAAAUUCAUGCUGGAUAAGGAAUUCGUUACCCACGUUGAAGCUGUGUUUCGCUGGUUGGACGAACCUUUUAUCACUUCAAUUUACGUUUAUGGCAGUGAUGGAGAACUUUAUAGAAUUUUUCGAAACAAUCUUCCGGGAACUUUGUGGACGCCUGGGAAUUAUGAAGUUUUGCAAUAUUCUCAAUUUCCACUACCCCGACAGACGCAGAAUUUGAAUUUUUAGUAGGGAAUAACAUUUAUUUCUUGCUCUAUUUCAUGUCACUAUAAAUAAUAUACGUUUGAAUUAGUUUGCAUUAGUUCCUGAAUUUUGUAUGC